AUUGCUGGAAGGGUGACAUAAUUGCUGCCUUUCCACGCAGAAGUGCGCCCCCGGCUGCCCCGAGGCCCUAGACGAGGGCGCGACGGCUGGGAGCUGGGCACGCGCCCUCCGCGCGUGGACUCUGUCCUCAGCUUCCACCAUCCCUUUCCAGCGCCAGCUUGCAGUGAAUGCAUUGGCCGCUGUACCAGUGAAGCCUCACCAAGCGCCCCUUCCAAGCAGAAGCUGCCCUGUCCGGCGCCGGCGGGCACCGCGGACCCCUCCCGGCCGCCGCCCGGGGCUCUGGGCAGCGCGGGGCUCAGCGCCCCCGCCACUGGCGGGGCUGCGCGAGGAUAGUCACCUCUCUUGAAAAUGCUUAGGCACUUUUUUCCCCUCUCCACUGAAACCCCGAAGUACAGCCCAUUUUGAACCAGAAUAAUUUAGUCUGACAACAGAUUCUUCCUCUGUUCACAGCUGUCCCAGAGGGAGGAGCUGAAAUCUGAACCUCUCAGCCGUGAUUGGAUCCCUCCUGCAAAAGAGAGGAAAAAAACCCUCCCGGCCUGACCCGGCUCAGUUUGCUAGGAGCCGGGGACUCCGCGGCGCCGUCCGAGCCUCCGCACCUGCGCCGCCCGCGCGCCCGCCCGGCGCGGCCCUGCCCGCCGCCCGCCCGCCCGGCCCGGCCCUGCCCGCCGCCCGCCGGCCGCGAUGCUUUAGGGCCGCCGCCCGCCCGCCGGACCGUUAUCCGCGCCGCCGCCGCCCGCAAGAUGCCGCGCUCCUUCCUGGUCAAGAAGCAUUUCAACGCCUCCAAAAAGCCAAACUACAGCGAACUGGACACACACACAGUGAUCAUUUCCCCAUAUCUCUAUGAGAAUUACCCCAUGCCUGUCAUUCCACAACCAGAGGUCCUCAGCUCGGGAGCAUACAGCCCCAUUACCGUAUGGACUACAGCCGCCCCAUUCCACUCCCCACUGCCCAGCGGCCUCUCUCCUCUUUCUGGAUACCCCUCAUCCUUGGGGCGAGUGAGUCCCCCUCCUCCAUCUGACACCUCAUCCAAGGACCACAGCGGCUCAGAAAGCCCCAUUAGUGACGAAGAGGAAAGACUACAAUCCAAGCUUUCAGACCCCCAUGCCAUUGAAGCUGAAAAGUUUCAGUGCAAUUUAUGCAAUAAAACCUAUUCAACUUUUUCUGGGCUGGCCAAACAUAAGCAGCUGCACUGUGACGCCCAGUCUAGGAAAUCAUUCAGCUGUAAAUACUGUGACAAGGAGUAUGUGAGCCUGGGUGCCCUAAAGAUGCACAUUCGGACCCACACCUUACCUUGUGUCUGCAAGAUCUGUGGCAAGGCGUUUUCCAGACCCUGGUUACUUCAAGGACACAUUAGAACUCACACUGGGGAGAAGCCUUUUUCCUGCCCUCACUGCAACAGAGCUUUUGCAGACAGGUCCAAUCUGAGGGCUCAUCUGCAGACCCACUCUGAUGUAAAGAAAUACCAGUGCAAAAACUGCUCCAAAACCUUCUCCAGAAUGUCACUUCUGCACAAACAUGAGGAAUCUGGCUGCUGUGUAGCACACUGAGUUACGCAACCAAUGUUUACUCGAACAGAAUGCAUUUCUUCACUCCAACUCCAAAUGACAAAUAAAAGUCCAAAGGCAUUUUCUCUUGUGCUUACUGACCAAAUAAUAUGUACACACACACACACACACACACACACACACACACACACACACACACACACACUAAAAGCUGCAAGCACGGAAUCCAUGUGUUUAAAGUUAAUCCUUUCCAUGUGAAGUUUAAAAUUACUAUAUAUUUACUGACAGUUAGAUUGAGAGGAUAAAAGGCAAGGAUCAUUCUCUUCAAAGAUGAAGCGAAAAGCACAUUGCAUUCUUCUUAUGAAGAAAGAAUGCAGAGAUUUACAUUGCUGCCAAAUCAUUUCAACUGAAAAGAACAGUAUUGCUUUGUAAUAGAGUUUGUAAUAGUAUUUCCUAUAGGAAGAGAAUCUGCCAGACACUAUCUCAGGUGCCUUCUAGAGUAUUCCAAGUUUACUUCAUUAUGUGUCUGAUGUCUGGUUACCAUUGUUGGACUACAACUUUUUUGAUUACCUGUAAGGCUUUAAACUAUAUGUUUAAGAGGGAGAACAAAGAGCAAGAACAAAACACAGGAGACUGUAUUAAGAGUGUUACUUUUUUCUGUUUUUUUUUUUGUUGUUGUUGUUGUUUUUGCCAAUAACCAAUAUGUGCCUUGGGGGAGGAGUUAAAGACUAGCUUUGAACAUUCCUGGUGCACGCUCCAUGUCUUACUUUUGUAAAGAAUUUUUAAUGAUUUUUCUAAGAGUAAUUAAAGAUGGGAAUAGGUGCAAGAAAGGAUUCUCAGAAACUCUGUAAUGUACUUAAACUAUUUUAAAUGCAUACAACAGAUGCAAUCCGUACAGCACCCCUUCCAAGUGCCUUUUUAAUUAAUUGUAUAGUUUAUGAGUCAGUGUAAAUUUGUGUUUAUUUUUAUAUGAUUGAAUGAGUUUUGUAUGAAAGUGAAAUGUUGUCUAUAGCUAAUGCCUAUAAACAACCUGAAGACUUGUGAAAUCAAUGUUUCUUUUAUAAAAAACAAUUUUCAAGGUCUUUUUUACAAUAAA